AUGGAUGAAGCAUAGAAAAGUUAUCUGAAUUUAUUGAAAAAAACAUUUGAAAAGAAACAAGAGUUUAUCAGAUACGAUGUUGUGUUAUUUUAAUAAUUCCAAAAUAAAUUAACUGUUCAUAGUGCAGCAAUUUCUCGAAAUUGUGAAUUGCUUGUAUGUGGUUGUAGCAAGGUGUGGUGUAUCCUAUAAAUUUUAAUAAUAGAGCAUUGUAAUCUUGUAUGACCUUAUUUCUAAAUAAGUAGUUAAGGCUUCAAAUAAAAAGUAACUUUAAUUCAGAAAACAUCAAAUAGUAACUGUUGCAUUUUCGAAUUGUUAUGAUUAUGUUCUUGCAGGUAUCAAUAUCUAAAAUUUAGGCAAUACAAUGGGAGAUUUGCUUAUAUAUGAAAUUACAAUCGACAUUUAAAAUUAGAAAUUUCAAUUAGAUCUUAUAAGAUUUAUAUCAUAAUAUCAUGAAAAAGCAUUAUAAAUUAUUUUUCACUCAAGCAUAGAUCAUUUAUUAACAAUAAGUAGUGAUAAACUUAGAGUUACUAUGAUAAGUGAGUUCAUCUAGUAUGAAAACAUUGAUUAAUCUCCAAAUUAAAUCUAACAGAAUCUAGGAGGAGCAACAACUUCUAAGUUGUCGUAUUACAAUAAUCAUUACUAUUUAUAUAUAGGAUUAAGAAACAAUAAAAUAGUUCAAAUAAGAUCAUGUAAUUUAUAAACUUAAUUAACUUAGCCCAACUGUAUUCUAAACCAAAAAAUGAAACAUUUGUUUAUUCAAUAAAUAGCUCUAGUUCUGUUAUUAGUAAAAUUGAAGUUUCAAAUGAUCAAACACUUCUUGCAAUUGCGUACUAAAGUGCUUAAUAAGAAUCAGGAAAUUUAUAGAUUGUUUAUUUAAAAAAAGGAAAAUAAAUUUAUUCUUAAAAUGGCAUUACAAAAUUAAAAAUUAGUUAACUUUUAUUUUUUAAUUCUAAUUCUCAUCUAUGUAUUAGUUCUUGGGAUGGAACCUUUUAAAUUUUAGAUAUCAAAAGUAAAGAAAUAUUAAAAACUUAUUCUCAUAUAAUGCAUGAAUAAGGAGUGAUAACCUUCUAUCCUUUAUCAGAAGCAUCAGAAUUUCCAAAUCUUAUAUCAAUUGGACAAGAUCAUUAAAUUAAAAAAUAUUAUUUCGGAAAAAUUAAAGAAUAACUAUUUGAAUAUAUUCCAUUCAUAUUUUGGGUUGAAUAAAGAAUCAGAUAAGAAUUAUAAUUUUAGAGUGAGUUACAUAAUUAUUAAAAAUUACUUUAUAUAGAAAGUAUGGGAGUAGAUAGUGUUAAAAUGAGAGAGCUAAAUUAAAGUAUUUUUGGAUUUGAAAAAUUUAAUCCUUUGAUUAAAAGGAUUAUUGACUAUACUGAAUACAAAGAAAGAGCUCAUAUAUUAUAUAAAAGGUAUGAAUUGGAAAUAUAACAAUCAAUUAUUUCUUCAAUAUAAAGAUCUAAUAAAUUACCUCCAUUAGAUUUACAAUAAAAGAAUUCAUAAAACGAUGCUCCUCAAAAUCUAAUUCAAAGUGGAAUCUUAGUAAAUCCUAAUUAAUAUUAAGAACCAUUAAAAUUAUUUUAAGAAUACUUUACAUUUACUUUUAAAAGAAUUAGUGAUACUAUUAUAUUUGAAAGAAUAAAAUUAAUGGUAUUGCAAAAAUGUGAUUUUAUUUUUGAUGAUAAAUAUCCAUUCAAAUAGCUAUUAUUCUCUAAUCUAAAAAGAAUGAAAAAUUUGAAAUAUCUGGAUUUAUCGUAUAAUUCAUUGAAUCUUGAAGAUGUAUUGUAAAUCUUAGAUCAAUUAAAAAAUGUAACUUUAUUAGAUUUCUUAAGUCUGGCCCAUAAUAAUUUGGGGGAUAGCUAAACUAUUAAAUUUAACAAUUCUGAUGCUGUUAUGAGAUUAUUAGAUGAAGUUGAAGCAAUUUCUUUAAGAUCAAAUAAUUUAUCAGAUAUAGAUGGAGAAGCAAUUUUGAAUUAAAUUAAACAUGUAAACAUAAUUAUUAAAAAUAUAGUUUAAAAAAUUGAAAAUAUUAGAUAUAUCUGGUAAUCUAUCUUUUAAAGAUAGAACUUUAUAAGCAUUAUAAAGAAUUACAAUUUUACAAAAUAAAAUAGAAUUUUCAUCAUAAAGAAAUGACUUUCUAAACUUUUUGAAUAAUAUUAAAGUAUUAUAAGAAAAGGAAUAACAAGAAGAAUUAGAAGAUUAAGCGAAAUCUUAGGAUAAAUAAAGUAACAUAAAUGAAGAUUAAAAACUAAUUGAAAAUCUACCUGAAUAACAACCCUCUUAAACUUUAGAUAGAUCAGCAUCUAUAUCUAGUUCUGGUAAUUAUAUGUCUCUACAAUUAUUAUGUAUAUAAUUUUAGAAAGAAGUUUGUGAAUAAGCAAUGAAAACAGCUACUGAUUUUUUGGUUUAAAGAAAAAUAACUAAUUUAUAUAUUUAUGUUGUUGACAAUAAGGAAGAUGAUGUUUGGGAAACAUCAAUAUCAAUAUUUUAUACAAGAGAUUUAAAAAAGUGGAAUGAUUAUAUUUUUGGUUGCAUAGGAGGAUUUUUUACAGUAAUGUUUUCAUGUUUAGUUGGAAUUUAUAAAAACAUUAGGCAAGAGGGGUUUUAUUGUAUUAGAAGAAUAUUUUGUACAAACUAUUUUUUGUGGAAAUAUCUAGCUUGUGGAUUUUGUACUUUCUUAACUACAACUUUAGGAAGGUUUAUAGUUAAACUUUUUGGUGUUGAAUAAUCAUAUUUUGAGUACAAUCCAAAAAUAUAUAAAUUAGAAUAAGAGUUAAUAAGUAUCAAAUAUAUAGGAUUUAUAUUAUUUACAAUAUAUUUUGUAAGUUACUAUUUUGUAGUUGUCUUUUUACCGAUUAUAUUUGUGAAUGCCUGUUCUGGUUAAUAAUGGAUUGGUCAUUUGAUUUAUAUAGCUUUUGCAGUAUAUUCUUUUCUUGUAGAAGGCUACCUUGGAUUAAAAAUCAGUAAUCUUAGAGUUACCACAAAUGAAUAUACUGAUGGAAAUACACUAGCAAGAUAUUUUUAUAUUAUAAAGGAUUUAUUAAUAAGUCAACUAACCAAAUUUGAAUUAUAUACUUGUAUUUGUUUCAUAGUGCUAGUAAAUUCUUGUUAAAUAUCAGUUGCUCUAGCUUGGAUAGGAGUAGGAAUUAUAUGUUUUAAUUUACUAUUAGACUUAGCCUUAAUUAUAAGAUACCUAUUGGUUCCUUAUGUGCAUUAAAAAAAACUAUCUUAUAUUGAUAUUUUUACACAAUUUUCAACUCUUUAUUAAAUGAAUAUUGUCACAAAUCUCCUUGAAAAAUGGUCUGAAUAAAAUACUAUUUAUAUUUUCUUUUUAAAAUCGGAAGUACCAUAAAAAGUUGUAGUUUCUAUCAUAAAAACUUUCUUUUAAGACACUCCACUACUUAUUUUAUAAGCUGUUUACUUAGCUAUGAAUUAAGACUAAAUUAAAAUUUAAAUUUUCAUAGUUUCUUUUAUAACAGUAAUAAUUCAUUUUAUCUUUUCAAUGAUAAAGAUGCUGUCAAUUACUAGAGCUGCAAAAAUCAAUGAAGAGAUUGUAUUAACAGAAGUUUCAAAAGCUAAAUUUUAGAGCAAAGAAAUAAAAAUAAUUAAGGAAUUAAAAAAAUUUAUAAGAAAUCUAAAAAAAAGAUUUUAGAAAAUUAUAGGUGAACAUAAUUAGAGAAAUGAAAAUUUAACCUUAUCAUUAGUAGAUGCCGAAAAAGCGCUUCUAAAUAGACCCCAUACAAUGUAGAAUUUUGAAUUAUAUAAAAAAUAAAAGAGCUCGAAAAUUCUUCCUGCUAGAAAAGGAAUUACUUAAAUAGGAAAUAAGAUAUAAAGAAUUAAUUUUUCAAAAUAUUAAAAAAUAAAUUAAGAGGAGCUUUAGAAAUAAAUAUCAGUAAAAGCAUCACUGGAUAUAUUUGGAGCUAAAGUUAAAAGCUGGAAGAUUAACAAUGAAAUACCAUUAGAUAUAACUGAUACUUUAUUAAAUGAUGUUCCUAGAUAAUUUUUUACAAUUGAUUUAGAUUGGGAAGCAAGCUAAACAUGGAUAGGGAAUAUUCGAAUAUCUUCAUUAAAAUAAGAAAUUUAAGGAUUUAUAAUGGCCUAUCAACAUUUUCAAAAUCAAAUGGAUUUAAACAUUUUAGAUUUAGGUUUCGGCUCUGGCUAUGUUUCAUUCGUUCUUUUAGCGUUAGCACUUAGAAGAAAAAGUGCGUCUCAAAUUCAACUCCAUUUAGUUGAUCAUCAUCCUGAUGCAAUUAAAUAUUUUGAAUAAAAAUUAAAUUCUGAAUUCGCUCAUUUAAAAACAAAAUGUAAGAUUCAAUUUCAUUUACAUGAUUGUUUUGAUGGUUUAAACAUAUUUUAAAGUUAAAAAUUUAACUUUAUUCAUGUUGGUUAUGCAACUACUAAAUGGAGAAUCUAAAAAGAUGUUAUCCCAUUACUUUCUGAUGAUGGUUUGAUUUUUGGUUAUGAAAUUGUAAGCAGUUUAGAAUAAAAGGCCUUUUCAUGGAAUUAAACCUAAAAGUAAAUGGUAUAUACAUAAAAUUUUGAGUAAUAUGGAAUAAUGGAACCUCUUGCUAUUUAAUUAAAAGGAAUAGAUUAAUCAAUUUUAGAGAAUCAUAUAAAAUAAAAAUUAGAUAUUUUAAAAUAUAUAAAGUUGUAUGAUUAAUGUGCAUUAUGUGAUAAGUUACUUACAAAGGAUGAUAAAUAAUUUAUUAAUCAUUAUUGGGGAGAAGGAUUAUGCAUGAAUUGUGCAAACGAUUAGCUAGAAUAAUAAGGUGAAGAAAUUGAUAUUGCUAAAAUUAAUUAUAGAUGUAAUUUAAUUUUCUACACAGGUAGUAAUUGCAAAUUAUCCUCUAUAAAGCAAGUUUAAAGUUUAUUAGAAAAUUUAACUUAUCCAUUUGGUCAUAAAGUUGGAACUAUAAGAGAAUAUACUUAAGUGUGUGCUUCUUGUAAUUCAAAAAGAGGAUUCGGAUUUUUAUACACAUGCUUAAUUUGCAAUUCUGUAAAUUAUUGUAAUACAUGUGGUUUAUAAUUAAUGAGAGAUAAUCAGCUCAAGUAUCAUUCUUCAUGCAAUAAUGAUCAUCCUUUAUUGAGAAUAGUUUUCCCAUGGAAAGCUUAGAAAGGAAAAAAAUGAAAAUUAUAUAUCUAUUUAUAAAUUUUAUCCAG